AUACAUCAACCAGCUUCUAUGGCUCAGUUGGUAGAGCGCAUGACUAGUAAUCAUGAGGUCCGCGGUUCGAAUCCGCGUGGAAGCAUUUUUUGCCCUUUCGCUUUUUGCCAUCCAUAUCAUCCGGUUUAGGCUCAACCAACGAUUAAUUGCUGUUCAUUCCGUUCAUCUUAAUAAAAUUCUUGGAAAGCAACCCUAUGCUCAUCAUUUGUUCUAUAACAUAGAAGCACUCUUGAAGAAGCUAGUGUAGUUGGCGGUCCACACCCACUCACCACUUAAUGAACCAAGGAAC